GUCAGAGCCGGACUGGGUAAACUGAGCAGGGCUCUGGGGCGCUGGAACGGAGGAGACCUGGAGCAGCGGGGACGCACUGACUGAGACCCGGCAGUGUGGACCCUACAGGCAGUCGCAGGCGAGCCGGAGCGCAGCAAAGCUAUGGCCCUGAGUGAUCUGGUGCUGCUGCGAUGGCUGCGGGACAGCCGCCACUCGCGCAAGCUGAUCCUGUUCAUCGUAUUCCUCGCGCUGCUGCUGGACAACAUGCUGCUCACCGUCGUAGUUCCCAUCAUUCCCAGCUACCUGUACAGCAUUAAGCAUGAGAAAAAUACUACGGAAAUCCAGACUGCCAGGCCAGCACUCACAGCCUCCACCUCCGAAAGCUUCCACAGCAUCUUCUCUUACUAUAACAACUCUACCGUGUUCACCGGGAAUGCCACAGGGGGCCUUCCAGGAGGGGAGUCACAGUCACACAAGGCUACCACCACACAGCACACUGUGACCAACACGACUGUCCCUCCUGACUGUCCCAGUGAAGACAAAGACCUUCUCAAUGAGAACGUGCAGGUUGGGCUGCUCUUUGCCUCCAAAGCCACUGUCCAGCUCCUCACCAACCCAUUCAUAGGACUCCUGACCAACAGAAUUGGCUAUCCAAUUCCCAUGUUUGCUGGAUUCUGCAUUAUGUUUAUCUCAACAGUUAUGUUUGCCUUCUCCAGCAGCUAUGCCUUCCUGCUGAUCGCCAGGUCCCUGCAGGGAAUCGGCUCUUCUUGCUCAUCUGUGGCUGGGAUGGGCAUGCUGGCCAGCGUGUACACAGAUGAUGAAGAGAGGGGUAACGCCAUGGGGAUUGCUUUGGGGGGCCUGGCCAUGGGGGUCUUAGUGGGACCCCCCUUCGGGAGUGUGCUCUAUGAGUUUGUGGGGAAGACAGCCCCCUUCCUGGUGCUUGCUGCCUUGGUGCUCUUGGAUGGAGCUAUUCAGCUCUUUGUGCUCCAGCCAUCCCGAGUGCAGCCAGAGAGUCAGAAGGGGACACCUCUAACAACCUUGCUGAAGGACCCAUACAUCCUCAUCGCUGCAGGCUCCAUCUGCUUUGCAAACAUGGGGAUAGCCAUGCUGGAGCCCGCCCUGCCCAUCUGGAUGAUGGAGACCAUGUGUUCCCGAAAGUGGCAGCUGGGCGUUGCUUUCCUGCCAGCGAGCAUCUCUUAUCUCAUUGGAACCAAUAUUUUUGGGAUACUUGCACACAAAAUGGGAAGGUGGCUGUGUGCUCUUCUGGGAAUGGUAAUUGUUGGAAUCAGCAUUUUAUGUAUUCCUUUUGCAAAAAAUAUCUACGGACUCAUCGCUCCCAACUUUGGAGUUGGUUUUGCCAUUGGGAUGGUGGACUCCUCCAUGAUGCCUAUCAUGGGCUACCUGGUUGACCUGCGGCAUGUGUCUGUCUAUGGGAGUGUAUAUGCCAUUGCCGAUGUGGCCUUCUGUAUGGGGUAUGCUAUCGGUCCCUCUGCUGGCGGUGCCAUUGCAAAGGCAAUUGGCUUUCCUUGGCUCAUGACAAUUAUUGGGAUAAUUGAUAUUGUUUUUGCUCCACUCUGCUUUUUUCUUCGAAGUCCACCUGCUAAGGAAGAAAAAAUGGCUAUCCUCAUGGACCACAACUGCCCCAUUAAGACAAAGAUGUACACUCAGAAUAAUGUCCAGUCAUAUCCCAUCGGUGAUGAUGAAGAAUCUGAGAGUGACUGAGCCCCUCUACCGUUGCCAAAUGUCUAACUGUGUACAAGUGUCUCCAGUGAGAUGACUCAUGCAGAGCUGUCUUAGUCACACCAUCCAUUGCUGGCAAAGAGUAAAACAACCAAAGGUGAUACUUUCUUUUCCAUGGUUAUGAUUGACUGCCAACAGCCUUAUAAAGAAAAAGCAACUUUUCUAGGGGUUUGUAUAAAUAGUGUUGAAAACUUUAUUUUAUGUAUUUGAUUUUAUUAAUAUUAUACAAUAUAUUUUGACGAAAUAGGUAUACUGUAAAUGUAUAAAUAUUUGAAUCCAAAUUAAAUAUAAUUUUUUUAACUUACAUUCAUCAACACUUGGACAAAAACUUUUUUUUUCUGAAUACUGGUAAUGAGUGUUUAAAGCACGCAUUAUCUGAGAUUCUACAACAAAAAACUAGCAGUCUGAGAAACAGAAUCGUGUAAGACAGUGCAUUGUGUACCAACACUGAAUGUGUUGUUAUUUUACUUGAAAUUAAUACCAACGUUAAAAGCUAGUCAUCUUAAAUACAAAGGACAAGAAACUUUAUCAGCCAUCUUUCAGACUUAUUCAUAAACCUUUGCUGGCAUUAGUUUUCUGUUAUAACUACCCACCUGGAAGGGUGGUUGUAAAUGGUUUUCUGUGUCAUACCAUUGGCAGCAGUCAUUAAAGCCAACAAGGGGUAAAAAGUGAAUUUCUGAAAGCAGAGGAAAGACCCCAAACGCUGCUUUCUUUUAUAUAUAUAUUUGAUGGCCUUACUGGGUGAAAAUAAAACUGUACUUUAAACAGUCAAGGUUAAAUAUGUUAGGGUUUAUCAAAUCCAGUUCAUGUUCUGGAACAGGAAAAAAGGCUAUCAAGCUGUUAAAUGUGAAAAAAUCGUAUCUCUCACCUGCUUGCAGGUCAUCCAAGUGUUUUUCUAGAGAUGUUAAUUUUGAGUUGCUGUUAUUUUUUUUUAGACUCCUAAAAGUUGUUUAUAUCAACGUAGAAAUGAAUUUCAAGCAAAGAUGAAGGAAUAAAAUUGUUCAUGGCGAACAUGAUUAUGUUAAGAAAGAUAAUAGAGUGAUCAGGACACCUUCCCUUUCUGAAGCAGGAAAAAUAAAAUCUACAAAUGUGUAUGUGUUACUGUAUCAUCUUGUGUGCUGGGUAGAAUAAUUUUUCUAAGCAUGACAACACUGAUAUAUCUUUUCGGUGUGCCAGUUAAUACUGUUAGUGAACUCUAUCUAUAAUUGCUUUAUAUGAGAUUACAAUCUUCCAGAAUGCAAACACAGUAUAGAAUUUGUCUCAAAUAGUAUCAAUUCUGCAGUUCUGUCAAAAAACUGUUUAAAAAAAAACUGUCAGUUUUGUUAAGCUUGUUUGUGUGACCUUAGACCUUGAGAACUUAGGGAUGACAACCCCUCAAACCUUAUUGGCUAUCCACAUUCUUCAGAAAAGUGGCAAUUAUUUCUUUUGUUUUAUGAAGCUUUCUGUGGGACCCUGGUGAUGUGAAGUCUGAUGUGUUUGGGGGACAAUUGGGUUCCUACUCAUAAACCAUUGGACAGUCAUGGGUCUGCAACUCUGAAAGAUGGCUGCUCUUACAUGGCUAAAAGGGCAGGGCUUAACCUUCUCCAGGAUGCCUUGUGGUGUGAUGUGAGAGAGGCCUUGUAGUUAUCCUUACCCACAAUACCAUAUACAAUAACUGAUUCCUGUCAUUUCUGCUUUUGAGGCUUCAGUUUCAGUAAAAACAAUCAGCAAAGGCAUGCUUGUUACUGCUCUCCAAAGAAAAGAUAAAAGAAAAAUUGCAGAACUAUUUGGAGAGGAAAGGAUAAGUUGUUUAUGAGGGGAAAAGAAAGACAUUUAUAUGAUUAAUCUCCUGGGUACACAAGAAAAUAAAAUUAAAAAAGACUGUGCAUGUACCAGAACAAAGAACUUACAGCUCUCUGAAGAUUUUUUUAUUUUUUAUUUUUAAAGUAGAGGUGGCUUUUGUUUGUACUUGGUAAUUCAGACACAAAAAUCUUAGUGAGGUAGUAAUGAAUACUCAACUUCCUUUUGACUGCUAAGUGUAUCUGUGCUGGUUGCACUUUAGUUAGAUUACUUAAUAAAUUAUCUUCUUGAACACUGUGCCGUGCCUGCCUGUAUUCUUUUAUAAACCAUUUCAUCAACAUUGUUGCCGGGAUAAAAUACAUAGACACUGAUUUGGCUGUAAGUAUUUAAUUAAAAAGCAUUCUCUGUGUUUGCAGGCAUCAGGCAAGUCACUCCAGGCUAGGGUAAACCAUCCUCUUUGGCUUCCCACUGCUUCCUUUAAAUGAAAUAUAGACUUGUUAUACUCUAUCAGUGUGGAAAAACAGUAAGUUGCCCUGGACUUUAACUCAAAUGAAUUGUUCUAAUUGCUGUGAACAGGUAACUGUCUGAUGAAGAGAAUGGUAAUACCUAGCCAUAUGACAGAACAGGCUCUGAAAGAUCUAGAAAUAAGGAUCAUUUUGAAUGUGAAAUACAUGGUGGUUUCCAGGAUUAGAGAGGCCUGGUUUACUUAAGGAACAUUAAGGGAUCAGAAAGAAUGAAGGUAAACCCCCUUUCCACCCUUGUUUGCCUUUUGAGGGGAGGGAAAGGAAAGCCGUCACUUCAAUUUAAAUAUUAAAGUAAUACUUUUUUUUUUAAUUGAAGCGAUUUCAAAACUUUAGGGGACUUAAGAUUUUAAACUUCACUGUCUUACUUAUUAGAACCAAAUAUGUUUAAAAUGUCUUUGUAGUUUUUUUUGUUUGUUUGUUUGUUUUGUUUUUAAGGUAGACUUUACUCUCAAAGUUUUAGGCUGUUCUUAAAAUGAGAAAAUACCUUACACAGUAAGUUCUAGUGUUACUGAACGAAGUCUGGUGCUAAGAAAUACAGUAAAACUUGGCAUGGUAGUGCAUGCCUUUAACCCCAGCACUCCAGAGGAAAGGCAGACAGAUCUCCACUGAGUCAGAAGCCAAAGAGACUGUCUCAAAAGAUCAACACGAUAAAUAAAAAAGAAAUAUAACAUGAUUGCAAAAUAAUACUAAAAUGUUAUUCAUUUUGUCUAUCCCAGCCAUUCAACUUCAAAACAAUGAAGAGAGUACACUUCAAAUAGUUUAAUUUUCUUCUUUUUUGAGACAGGUCUACAUAUUUGUUUAGUAAAAGUGGAUCGUUAGCUUGUCUGCAUGGCCAGAUUAUACCAGGUAAUAAUGCCAGAGAACCAAUCACCUGUUUUUAGAUGUCAUCAAAUGAAGAUAUUCUUAUUUUUCGUGGUAGUCUUUAUUAUUAUUUUAGCUAUUGAUAACAUAGCAUGGCAGCAAGAUUACAUGAGUAAUGUAAUAUAAUACAAUCUCUUAAAUUGAAGCCUUAUCCCUUACUAGGCUUGAGGGUAUUUGGAGCUCCCAACUGUGAUGCCUCUACUGUCUCUCCCAAUAGAAAAAUAUUGCACUACAUUAAAGGUAUAUUUU